AAAUUCUUACCAGCUCAUCUAUCAGUAGGCUCCGGUUACAAAAAUGGCCAACUCCGCCGGCCUGCUCCACUCACUCCUCCCCUCCACUGCCUCCACCCCGCGCCUCCGCCACCGCACCCCGCCCGCCGGCCUCUUCUGCCGCCACCGAUCGACGUUCCCCGCCCGCCCGAUGGCGACCGCCGCCGUGGCCGACGCGUCGGCGCCGCCGGGGCUGAACGAGGGCAUCGCGGGGCUCUACGACGAGUCGUCCGGCCUCUGGGAGAGCAUCUGGGGCGAGCACAUGCACCACGGCUUCUACGACGCCGGCCAGGCCGCCGACAUGUCCGACCACCGCCGCGCCCAGAUCCGCAUGGUCGAGGAGGCGCUCGCCUUCGCCGCCGUUCCGGACGAUCCGGCGAACAAACCCAAAAUGAUAGUCGAUGUUGGGUGUGGAAUCGGUGGUAGCUCAAGAUACCUGGCGAACAAAUACGGAGCACAGUGUCGCGGGAUCACAUUGAGCCCUGUGCAAGCUGAGAGAGGAAAUGCCCUCGCUGCGGCACAGGGGUUGUCGGAUAAGGCUUCUUUCCAAGUUGCUGAUGCUCUGGAUCAACCUUUUCCCGAUGGGCAGUUUGAUCUAGUUUGGUCUAUGGAGAGUGGUGAGCACAUGCCGAACAAAAAGAAGUUCGUAGGCGAGCUGGCACGUGUCGCAGCUCCUGGAGCACCGAUCAUCAUUGUUACCUGGUGCCAUAGGAACCUAGCGCCGUCUGAAGACUCAUUGAAACCUGACGAGCUGAAUCUCUUGAAAAAGAUUUGUGAUGCAUAUUACCUCCCAGAUUGGUGCUCGCCUAAUGAUUAUGUCAAGAUUGCCGAGUCAUUGUCCCUUGAGGAUAUCAAGACGGCUGACUGGUCGGAAAACGUUGCACCAUUUUGGCCUGCUGUUAUCCAAUCAGCACUGACAUGGAAAGGCUUCACUUCUCUUCUAAGAAGUGGAUGGAAGACGAUAAAGGGAGCACUGGUGAUGCCUCUCAUGAUUCAAGGCUACAAGAAAGGACUCAUCAAGUUCACCAUCAUCACCUGCCGCAAACCCCAAACAGCCAUAGAAGGAGAAGAAACUCCCAUUGCUAGCCCAGCAUAGGAUGAUAGAAACCACGUGAUUGUGAUUUCUCCAUUGUAAUACACUCGGCAUGCUGAAGCCAUGUAGCUGAAUGAUUUUUGUUGCCCUACCUCUGUACCUUAGUGUCAUAUAAUAAACGUGGCUUCUAAAGUAAAAUUCUCCACAGAUUUAUUAGUAA